UUCAGCAGUCUACCUGGGCAGGUGAAUCCCGAGAGUGUGCCUCUGAGGAAGUGCUGAAGUUAAAUUACAGGGACCGCUGAGUGCUGAGGGGACUCAGGCCUCAGCUGGUCCUCAUGCUUUAAUUAAAAACACUGAUGGUCCGCAGGGAGGAGAAGAAGAGUGUUUAUAGAAACCUACCUGACACUGCACAGUCCUCCACUGCAGAAGAAGAAGGUGGAUGUAGUCAGCACAGGUCUUUGAUGACAUCAUGAGUCGAUGGCGUCGGUCAGUCGAUGAGCUUGCAGCGAGGCGGCGGCAGCAGACCGAAUGUGAGCGUGCCCAGGAGGCUCUCAGCCGGGUCACGUCCUGUUUCCAGCAGCUGGCGGCAUCACUUGGCAGCUCGGCGGAUUGCAGCUUCCUACGAGAUGAGAUGGAUGAGACAAGAGCGCUUGCACACCGAAUCUGUAGCGGUCUUUCCCGACGUCUUGUGCGUCUUUUGUCAGACUGUGACUCAGCCUCCACAGGUGUUGAGGACAGGCAGGGGUCGGAACGUCUGUGGGUUCUCUUUCUGUCAGCAUUGGAGAACUUCCUGUCUGACCUCCGUAAGGCCCAAGAUCUGAUAAGACAGUUCCCUCUGACGCAGCGCUACGAUAGGCGCUCACUGGUUAACUCAGGAUGUAUCGAUGGUGUGGUAGGUGUCGCAGCUCGGGUGGCUUCAGUCCAGGUACCAUGGCUCACUUUAGAAGAAGAGCCAAUCCCUGAUUUGACCGAUCACAUAGUAGGGCUGGAGGCCAUGCUGAGUGAGAUGCAGCUCAGGAUUCCUGUUGCAUUCUGGUCCGUGGAGGCGACCCAGCCAGCUUGGGCUGAAGCUCACUGUGACCUGGAAGAACCAGAUGACAGCUUGGAGGAGCUGAUGGAGGUCGAGGUAGUCUCCUACAACAAGCUAAUCACCUGCUGCCAGCCACCAUGCUGUGGACUGGGCUGUGUUGGGUAAAGAGGAACCACCGACAUCACAAUGAUACUGCAAGUGUGACCGGUCUGACAACAGAAUACUCGUAUCUAUGUAUAACUGUUAGAUAAGGAUUAAAACAUACUAGAUUUAUUGCUGAGUAAUAAAACUGCUGUGAUCACAAGUUGAUUAGCAAGUUUGUAGUGUUAAAGUUGAAGCAUAUUUCACAUUGUCAUACUUAAAAGAUAAAAAAGGUGCAGGUCUGAGUCACUCAGGAAAAAAUAUUGCACUAUUUCUUGAUAAAGGAUGGAUGGCUGAAGAUUGAAUAUUUAAAUGACUAUAAUGUAUAAGUUAUUAUUGGUAUGUCCCCUUUUGAAGUCCAUCUUUAUCACUUCUUUCACAAAAUGAUUUCCCUCAGUAUCCAUUGUAUAAGUAUGGCAUAUGACUGUUAAUUCAAAGCAGCUGUUUAUCUUAAGUCUGUUUUUGUAAAAUUAAAACAUGCACAAGCAACAUGAA